AACUACUUAACCAACUAUCAGAACUACUUAACCAAUUAUCAGAACUACUUAACCAAUUAUCAGAACUACUUAACCAAUUGUCAGAACUACUUAACCAACUAUCAGAACUACUUAACCAACUAUCAGGACUACUUAACCAACUAUGAGAACUACUUAAUCAACAAUCAGAACUACUUAACCAAUUAUCAGAACUACUUAACUAACAGUCAGAACUACUUAACCAAUUGUAAGGACUACUUAACCAACUAUCAGAACUACUUAACCAACAAUCAGAACUACUUAACUAACUAUCAGAACUACUUAACCAAUUAUCAGAACUACUUAACCAACUAUCAGGACUACUUAACUAACGAUCCGAACUACUUAACCAACUAUCAGAACUACUUAACCAAUUGUCAGAACUACUUAACCAAUUGUCAGAACUACUUAAUCAAUUAUCAGAACUACUUAACCAACAAUCAGAACUACUUAACUAACUAUCAGAACUACUUAACCAAUUGUCAAAACUACUUAACCAACUAUCAGAACUACUUAACCAAUUAUCAGAACUACUUAACUAACAGUCAGAACUACUUAACCAAUUGUCAGGACUACUUAACCAACUAUCAGAACUACUUAACCAACUAUCAGAACUACUUAACCAAUUAUCAGAACUACUUAACCAAUUAUCAGAACUACUUAACCAAUUGUCAGAACUACCUAACCAACUAUCAGAACUACUUAAUCAACAAUCAGAACUACUUAACCAAUUGUCAGAACUACUUGUUUGCUGUUCAAAAUACCUUCACUUCUAUCAAGCAUAUAGUAUAUAUUCAAUUUCUAAUAAUGCAGUGCGACAAGUAA